AUGGGCAAAUCAAAGCACAAUGAUGAUGACAAAGAUCAAGGUCAUAAAAAGCAUAGAUCAAAGUCUGCUAAGCUAAAGAAAAAGCAUGAUGCAAAGAAAAACAAAAGAAAAAUCAAGGAACAAAGAAAGCUAGGUAAGCUCUAGAAAAAAGAAAAAGAUAAAAUAAAGAGAUUAAAGUUGGCAUCUGAAAGUUUCUCUAACAAAGUGUCAAGUGAAGACUUGUUUAAUAUCAAAAAGAUCAUAGGCAAGUUAGUCAAUCAUAAUCAUUCAUCGAUAAAAGAGCUGCCUGAGUUAUUUGAAAUGCUAGACGGAGGAUAUGAGGCAGAUAUUAGUACUUUAGAAGACUCAUAUGUUAUGCAAAAACUAAAUAAAGUGUUGAAGCUGAUGAGACUCAAGCGCAACCCUGAUAAUAAGUUAGAGUUUACUAAGAAGGAGAAGCUCCACGAUUUCAAAAUGAAAGCUAUGAUCCAGCACUUCAUAGAUGAAAUAUAGAAUGAAAAUAAGAAGGAUGAAGAUGAAAGUGAUAGAUCAGAUAACGAAGAUAGUGAUGAGUCAGGAGCAUCUUCUGAUAGUGAUAAUGAUCGUAAAAAGAGUAAGAAGAGUAAGGUAAAGCGUAGUAAGCACUCUGACUCAGAUUCUGGGUCUGAUUCAGGAUCAGAAGAUUCUGAAUCAGAGGAAGAGAUUAAGCAGCAAUCCUAUAAUAGGAAGAAUGAUGAUAAACUGCUUAAAUUGACCUAAAAGAUAAAUGAAAUGCAGUAUAGGAAAGUAGAGUAAUAAUCAUCAGAUGAAGAAGUAGGGCCGAAGAUCAAUGAUAUGGACAGUAAAGCCAAUGAGUUUUUGGAAUAGACAAUGGGUAUAAUUUAAAAGGACAAGUCUGAGUAUUAAGGCCCCAGCAGAGAAUUAGAAGAUGAGCUCACUAGAAUGUUUUCAGGUGCAGCAGGGAAAAGACAAAAAUUGAAUAAUGCCACUGACGAUCAGAUUAAGGAUCCCAAGAAAUAUCUGGGUGUUAUUGACAAAAAACUAAAUGAAGAUGAAGAAGAUGAGAGAUAAAGAGCAAUCAGGGAAUAUAUGGAUGAAUACAACACUUAAUUUAGAACUAAGACACUUAUGGAAGAGCAUCAAACUAAGAAGUAUGCAGACAAGUCCAAAGACAAGAGAUCCAAAAAUCAUAAGCUGCAAGAUAGAAUGACUAAAUCCUUCGAUAAGGAAAAGGAUCUAAAGUAUGCAGGCAUGGACUCGUAGAAAGCAUUUGGAAUCAUUAAUAAAAAUAAUCUUGAUAAGAGAUUCGCUCCAAGUGGAUCCUAUCUAUGA